AUGGAGUUGGAGAUGUCAGACCGUUAUGACCAUGUUUUGCUGGGUAUCCUGCAGCAUGUGGGGAACAUCCAGGAAUUUUUAAAUGUUUACUUUGGGUUCUUGUACCGCAAGACAGACUUUUACCGGCAGUUAGUGAGCCCUCAAGAGCGGAUGGUCCCCCCGGGUGUUGCCCAGAACAUGGUGCUGCAGACAUUCAAAAACUACGAGCGACUGGCCAUGAAGGACCAUGAGCAGAGGGUGCGGGACUUGGAGGAGAAAAUGAAGAAGCAGGAGGAGAAGUUGGCCGAGAGUGGUGAGGCACCUAUGGCGACAGAGGAAGUUGUCUUAGAGACACCGGCAGAUGAGUCACCUGGAGAGCAGGAGAAGCCAGAGAAUCCGCCAGAAAAUUCAGAUACAACAGAAAAAGCUGCAGAGGUGGAUGCUAGCACCAGCAAUAUGGACAGCUCAGCUUCUGCAUCCGGGAGCCAAGAUGAUUUCCAGAUGGACCCAGACAGUUACAAUGGUGCAGUGAGGAAAAAAACUACAUAUGGUCCCAGGAUUACAGUGACUUAGAAAUAAAAGUGCCAGUCCCCAAGGAUGUUAUGAAAGGCAAGCAGGUGUCAGUGGACCUACGGAAUACAUAUAUACGCGUGGCAGUGAGGGACAGUCAAGGAGAACGUGUCUUGAUAGAUGGAAACUUGACUCACAAAAUAAAUGCAGAGACCUCUUUAUGGAGCCUGGAGCCUGGGAAAUGUAUCUCGAUCAGUUUGAGCAAAUGUGGCGAGUAUUGGUGGAAUGCAGUCUUGGAGGGGGAGGAAAAAAUUGAUAUAGACAAAAUCAACAAAGAGCGCAGUAUGGCAACAGUGGAUGAGGAGGAGCAUGCCGUAUUGGAUCGACUUACUUUCGAUUACCAUCAAAAACUGCAGGGGAAACCACAGAGUCAUGAAAUGAAAGUCCAUGAAAUGCUAAAGAAGGGAUGGGAUGCCGAGGGAUCGCCAUUCAAGGGGCAGGCGUUUGACCCUUCCAUGUUUAAUAUAUCCCCAGGUGCUGUGCAAUUUUGA